AUGAGAGUGGUGAUAGUGGUGAUGCUGAUGAUAGUGGUGAUAGUGAUGAUAGCGGUGAUGCUGAUGAUAGUGAUGAUAGUGGUGAUGCUGAUGAUAGUGGUGAUAGUGAUGAUAGUGGUGAUGCUGAUGAUAGUGUUGAUAGUGAUGAUAGUGGUGAUGCUGAUGAUAGUGAUGAUAGUGGUGAUGCUGGUGAUAGUGGUGAUGCUGAUGAUAGUGGUGAUAGUGGGGAUAGUGAUGAUGCUGAUGUUAGUGGUGAUAGUGAUGAUAGUGGUGAUGCUGAUGAUAGUGGUGAUGCUGAUGAUAGUGGUGAUGAUGAUGGUGAUGCUGAUGAUAGUGAUGCUGAUGGUAGUGAUGAUGAUGAUGAUGAUAGUGAUGAUGCUGAUGAUAGUGGUGAUGCUGAUGAGAGUGGUGAUAGUGGUGAUGCUGAUAGUGGUGAUAGUGAUGCUGAUGAUAGUGAUGGUGGUGAUGAUAUGUGAUGCCAUUCAGGCUCCCUGUGGAGUCAGUGGGGGGAGGAGUCUGCAGCCAUGCACACGCAACGCAUUCAUCAUCAGCAGUGUGGAUGGCAGUGCAGAGGGAGAGCCUCUGCGCUACAAUCAGAGUUUCGCCCUCAGAACAACUAGUGGCUUUGCUGGAGGGUGUGCCAAGAAGUCCCGCCUCCAGGAAGUGAUCAUGGAGCAUCAGGCUAACUUCCUGUCCUGGUGGAAGGUUCUACACAAUGACCCUCAGGAAAGACUGGAGCAUGAGGGGCUGCCUGUUCCUGCCAACAGUAAAGUGCUCAUCUCCCACUGCAAGACCAACCAGGCUCUGGCUGUUCUAGGACAGCACAUUCUGUGGACUCCGUAUGGUAAAGAAUAUGAGGUGACAGCCCACACCUUCCUGGACUCCCAUAAGGCUGAGCGAGACAUCAACCAUUGGCUGCUGCUGACCGCUGACCCUGCAGGGGCCGGGCUUACUCUACUGGACCACCCAUAGACACACAAUGGCAUUUAACACACACAACAGGGAAUAUGAAAUUAAGUGGCAAAGUCUCAAUAAAGGUUUGAUUCUGA